AUGCCUGUCGGAAGCCGGGCUUCUUCUCCGGCCACCCUUGCUUACUCACCUACCUUUAGUCUGCAGAGCGCGCGCGGGACAGGAAGGAAUAGCGUGGCAGCUGGAUUCUUUCCAACGUCUGUGCCCCCCGACUGGGUCGCAGGGUAG